AAGUUUUCAAUUUCCCAUAGUAACCUCCAAAGCAGCAAACAUGCAUACCUUUACUCGCAUAGCUUAAAAAUUCAUUCCUCUAACUUCCACUGUUUAAACAAGUUGCUUGUACUUCUCAAUCAAAAUUUUUCAAUUGACAUAACCUCAAUUUUUCAAAAACUGAACCAAAAUGCGUGAAUGUAUCUCAGUUCAUAUCGGCCAAGCUGGCAGCCAAAUUGGAAACGCUUGCUGGGAGCUGUACUGUCUGGAACAUGGGAUCCAGCCGGAUGGUCAGAUGCCAAGUGACAAGACCAUCGGAGGAGGCGAUGAUUCAUUCAACACAUUCUUCAGCGAGACCGGGGCGGGCAAGCAUGUUCCUCGGGCUGUCUUCGUCGACUUGGAACCAACAGUUGUCGACGAAGUCCGAACUGGAACUUACCGACAACUGUUCCACCCGGAACAACUGAUCACCGGAAAGGAAGACGCUGCCAACAACUACGCCAGGGGUCACUACACCGUCGGCAAAGAGUUGAUUGACAUCGUCUUGGAUCGGAUCCGAAAGACAGCCGACCAGUGCACUGGACUCCAAGGGUUUCUGUUGUUCCACUCUUUUGGAGGUGGAACGGGUUCUGGAUUCACUUCGCUGUUAAUGGAACGUCUGUCCGUCGACUACGGAAAGAAAUCCAAGCUGGAAUUCGCUGUCUACCCAGCACCUCAGAUAUCGACUGCCGUAGUGGAACCCUACAACUCCAUUUUGACAACUCACACGACUCUCGAGCACUCUGACUGUGCCUUCAUGGUUGACAACGAAGCAAUCUACGACAUCUGUCGUCGCAACAUGGACAUUGACCGACCAACGUACACGAACUUGAACCGACUGAUAGCUCAAAUCGUGUCUUCAAUCACUGCUUCACUGCGAUUUGACGGUGCUUUGAACGUCGAUUUGACUGAGUUUCAGACAAACUUGGUGCCGUACCCGAGAAUCCAUUUUCCACUCGCGACCUACGCUCCUGUGAUCUCUGCCGAGAAGGCUUAUCACGAGCAGCUCUCGGUCGCCGAGAUCACGAAUGCUUGCUUUGAACCUGCGAACCAAAUGGUAAAAUGCGACCCGCGCCACGGAAAAUACAUGGCUUGUUGUCUCCUGUACCGAGGCGAUGUCGUGCCCAAAGACGUCAAUGCCUCGAUUGCGACUAUCAAGACUAAGAGGACCAUCCAGUUCGUAGACUGGUGUCCCACUGGCUUCAAGGUCGGAAUCAACUACCAGCCCCCGACUGUCGUUCCUGGAGGCGACUUGGCCAAGGUGCAGAGAGCCGUCUGUAUGUUGAGCAACACCACUGCUAUCGCCGAAGCCUGGGCUAGAUUGGAUCACAAGUUCGAUCUAAUGUAUGCGAAGCGAGCGUUCGUCCACUGGUACGUUGGAGAGGGAAUGGAGGAAGGAGAGUUCUCGGAAGCCAGGGAGGAUCUGGCAGCUCUGGAGAAGGACUACGAGGAAGUAGGAGUAGACUCGGUUAACGCCGAAGGAGAGGAGGGCGAAGAAGCGGAGGAAUACUGAAGUCCAGCAAGAAAUGAGACGAUACUUAACAGAAUACCGAAACGAAAAGAGACAUACUAUGUAUACAAGAGACUAAAACUAAAUAUAUAUUACACUUAUUUAAUUAUAAAAAAUAUUAAACAAGUAUAGUCGGUUAA